CGAACACAGCCGUGUGUGUGGCGCAGAAUAUGCGCACAUUUAGAGAUUCGCUGAUGUACAAAUCAUCGCACAGCUCUUGUCGUGAUAUCUGCAGGGCGCAGUGACUAACGUUAGUGUUGUUGUCAAAUCAAAGCUCAGUAAAGAUGGCAGCGCUAGCAGUGGUGGAAACCCCAUCAGGGAAAGAUGCUCUCGCCGAGGGUUUGCUGGACCUCCUGAGACCCGCUGUACAGCAGCUCGACUUACAUGUGCACUCAGUCAGAGAAAGCCAAGUGGAACUUAGGGAACACAUUGAUAAUUUGGCAUCUGAGUUGAGUAGGAUCAAUGAACACCAGAAGGUGGCACUAGACUUAGAUCCAUAUGUUAAAAAACUGCUUAAUGCCAGGCGAAGAGUGGUGCUCGUCAACAACAUACUCCAGAACGCACAGGAGCGUUUGCGAAGGCUGAACCAUAAUGUUGCUAAGGAGACGGCACGCAGGAAGACCAUGCUUGAGGCAUCUGGAGCAUUUACCCCACGCUCUCCCAGCAAACCAUGAUGUCCGAAAUCUCACAUUUUGGGAAUGCACCAUUACACUGUGCUCAAUGCCAAGGACCAACGCUGUAGAUUUGCAGAAUCUUCCUCACAUCGUUAAAGGGCGCUGGGCUAUGCAAAGCACUGCUAGCAGAACACUGCAGCAUUAAUGUCUGUUCACUUAAGAGGAGUCUGGGAGACAGCAGUGUAAAUAUGCACUCAUUUCUUUCUUGAACGUGACUUUUUAAUAAAACAUUUGUCUGUAUGAAUUUAACUGUUGCUGAAAAAUGCAAUGCUGUGGAUUUGCUAAUUGUUUGAACAUUUAGGAUUUGAAUUAUUAUUAUUAUUUAUCAGAACUGUCUAAUGUACCUGGCCAGUAAAUAUUCUGCUGUCAGUCUUGAUCUAAUCAGUGAAAGCAGAUUAUUGUUGUAAUUUUUUUGCUGACGUGUGGAAAUUAUCCACACUUAACAGUAUAGUGUAUUAUUUUCUUACCAUAUUUUUUUUUUCUUGGGUUGAGACUCUAUACACAUUUUUAUCUAAUUAUUUUCUGUUGCAAAUGUACUUCAUGUAUUUAAAGGAAUCGUUCACCCAAAAAUGAAAAUGUACUCACCCUCUGCCAUUCA